AUUUACGAAACCGUCUUCCCCCUCCUCCUCCUCCGCCGGUUCCCCCUCUGCAACUUUUUUCACUCUCAUUUUCUGCUCUCCUCCGUGAAAAACAGAGAUCGGCAUUUCGCGAGCUGUCCUUCUCUGUCUCUACCAUCGACGAUUGGAAUUCAGGAGUCAAAUUUCAUGGUGUUAUGGGAAAAGUUCCUUGUGAAUCAUUUUUGAGGACAUGAGAAUGGACAUGGUGUCUUGGGAUUUGCUCAUUUUCUGUUGGAAUUUACUCAUCAAGAAUGUGGAUUGCAUGUUUUGGUAACAUAAUAUAGCUGAAGGCUAAUGGAGGAAAGCAUUGGCAAUGGACUGUCAUCCAUAAGGACAGGUAGCUUUAAGUCAAACUUGUCUGGAAGAUCAACCCCUAGGACUUCUCCUUCUCCUUCUUUUAGGAGAGUACACUCAGGCCGAACUCCACGAAGAGAAGCUAGAAGUAGUGGUGGUGGUGGUCUACAGUGGUUUCGAAGCAAUCGGUUAGUCCAUUGGUUGCUUUUGAUAACUCUGUGGACUUACCUUGGGUUUUAUGUGCAAUCAAGGUGGGCUCAUGGUGAUGAUAAUACAGAGAAGUUUUUGGGGUUUGGAGGUAAGCCAAAAAAAUGGAUUUUGGACACUGAACAGGUUAAACGACGGGAUUUGCUUACUAAUAAUAGUUUGCCAGUAGUGAAUAAUAAGACUGAUGUAAAACGGUUCACUGAUGGCAAAAAGAUAGAUGUGGUUUUGGCCAAGGUGGGUAAUGAUGUUCCAUCCAUAAAGAGAGUGCCUCCAAGAAAAAAGAGUAAAAAAGCUCGUACUAAGAAGGGUAAUAAACAGAAGGAAAAAGAGGAUGUUAAGGGAAAUGAGAGAAAGGAAUCAGAACAAGAUAUUCUUAAGAAAGAUACUACUUAUGGUUUACUUGUUGGUCCAUUUGGGUCAAUAGAGGAUAGGAUUUUAGAAUGGAGUCCUGAGAAAAGGUCAGGAACCUGUGAUAGGAAGAGUGACUUUGCACGGCUUUUUUGGUCUAGGAGGUUGGUGUUGAUAUUCCAUGAACUCUCAAUGACUGGUGCCCCAAUUUCAAUGAUGGAGUUGGCAACAGAGCUUUUAAGCUGUGGAGCCACAGUUUCUGCUGUAGUUCUCAGUAGGAAGGGUGGGCUGAUGACGGAGCUUGCACGGAGAAAGAUCAAGGUGGUUGAGGACAGAGCAGAUAUCAGCUACAAAACUGCAAUGAAGGCAGACCUUGUCAUUGCAGGAUCAGCUGUUUGUGCAUCAUGGAUUGAUCAAUAUAUUGCUCACUUUCCAGCUGGUGGAAGUCAAAUUGCUUGGUGGAUCAUGGAAAAUAGGCGAGAGUACUUUGAUCGGGCAAAGCUUGUGCUUCACCGAGUGAAAAUGCUUAUUUUCCUAUCUGAAUUGCAGACUAAACAGUGGCUUGCCUGGUGUCAGGAAGAGAAUAUUAAGUUGAGGUCUCAGCCUGCACUUGUUCCACUUUCUGUUAAUGAUGAACUGGCUUUUGUAGCUGGCAUUGCAUGUUCACUAAAUACUCCAUCUGUUAGCCCUGAGAAGAUGAUAGAGAAUAAGCAGUUGUUGCGAGAUGCAGUUAGAAAAGAGAUGGGUUUGACCAAUAAUGACAUGCUUGUGAUGUCUCUGAGUAGUAUAAAUGCUGGAAAAGGUCAGCUGUUGCUUCUUGAAUCAGCAUCCUUGCUGACUGAACCAGAACCUCUGAAAAGUGAUCUUAAAGUGAAAAAUCCAUUGGAUAUUGGUCAGGAUCAUUCUACCUUGUCUCUGAGGCAUCAUUUAAGGGGUUUGCUCCAAAAGUCAAAUGAUAUUGACACGUUCUCCCCAGAUUUGAGGUUAUCAAGUCUUGUAAACUCUGUAAAUGAGACACAUGCUGUGAGCAGUGACAGCAAUAACAUGAGGAUGUUGAAUGAUAGAAAUGCAUCCCAGGAACAGGCUCUCAAAGUUCUUAUUGGUUCUGUUGGAUCUAAGAGCAACAAGGUACUUUAUUUUGAAGGAAUUUUAAGAUUUCUAAGGCAGCAUUCAAACUUAUCAAAGUCAAUACUUUGGACUCCAGCAACUACACGCGUUGCUUCACUGUAUUCUGCAGCAGAUGCUUAUGUCAUAAACUCCCAGGGACUAGGAGAAACAUUUGGGAGGGUGACAAUUGAAGCGAUGGCAUUUGGUCUUCCGGUAUUAGGAACCGACUCUGGAGGCACAAAAGAAAUUGUCGAGCAAAACGCAACAGGGCUUCUUCACCCUCUGGGGCAUCCUGGAGCUAGAGUUCUUGCUGAAAAUCUCAGGUUUUUGUUAAGAAACCCAUCUGAAAGGAAGCGAAUGGGGAUGGAAGGAAGGAAAAGGGUUGAAAGAAUGUAUUUGAAGAAGCACAUGUACAAGAGAUUGGUAGAGGUUCUGGUCAAGUGCAUGAGAAGCAAGUAAAAUCACAACUGGACACUGUCAUUCUUUAAUUGAUUUUGAAUUUGAAUUUGUGCUUAGACAACUCAAAAUUCCAUUACUUAAGCCUAUUUGAUCCAGCUUUUUUCUUGGUAGAAAUUUUUUAUCUAGGAAUUAAAUGCCUUUGAUUGGUAAAAUUUGUUUUUAAAUGUAAGCUCGGAUGUCGGUAUACAUGUGCUGCCUAUAUCUGUAAGUAUGAUGGAUGCUAUCAUGAAUGAAAAUAAGACUACGGGACUCGAGCAAUUGCAGUGGCUAAUAGAUCCUGAUAUAUGUU